CGAUUUUGUAUAGCCCAGGUAAGGCUAUAAAGCAUGCUAGAAUGGCUCUGGAGUAUAAUUAGCAUUAUUAUAGACCCGAUGCUCUCAUUUGCCAAUCGACCAGUGGUCCAUGCGCUAGUCAGUUCUGUUGGCGGCGAGACGUCGAAGACUGCAAGGUCGAAGCUAUCGGUCGUUGGGACAAAAAUGAAGGGUCGGAUUCUGGUUUAUUCUGUCGUGGGUUGUCCCCACUGUAUGCGCGCCAAGAGCGCCCUGCAGGAGUUGAAUCUGACGUACAGUGACAUCAACUUGGACAGCUUCCCCCAGUGCAGGGAUGAUGUGGCGAGAAGGACAGGAAAAAAGACUGUGCCGCAGAUUUUCUUCAACAACCAUCUGGUUGGAGGGAACGACGAGCUCCAAAAGCUGAUUCAGAAUAAAGCUGAAUUAGACAAGCUGAUAGCUGAGGUGAAGAACAACCCGCCACCAAAAGAUGCGCCAGUACCCCCAGAUCCAAGCACUGCAGUCAAAGACAAAUUUGUUGAUAGCGAAUUUAAGUGUGAGCCAGAUGAAUAUGCCGCCCUUGUCCACGAUCUCCGCCAGAGCGGAUUGAUCAAGAACCAUCGCCAAGGGAUGACUACUUACAAGAACUCAUUCUGUGGGAAGGACUUUGUUAAUUGGGUUGUCAAGACAAAGAAACUCGAUCGGCCAACAGCAAUAGAGAUGGGCCAGCAAUUGAUUGACAAACAUUUCGGUCAUCAUGUGAAGCAUACUGAGACAUUCCAAGACGACGUGGUAUACUACCGCUUGUUAGAGGAUGACCAUGAAACGAACGCCCUUAAUGCUGGCUCAAUAUCAGACUGUGAUCCAAGACCAGCUGGGGAGCUCGGUGAAGACCUUCGGAGGUUGAUUCUCAAACUAUACAAUGCAUUCUUAUCAAAGGAUGGGAAGGCUGUUGAUUAUGAUGGGAUCGGUGGGGCCGAUGAAUUCAAUCUCUACCUCAAAUUGACAAAAGAGCUCCAGCGUGUUCAACUGGAGAAGGCGACCAGGGAAGAAAAGUUGGCCUUCUUCAUCAAUGUGUACAAUGCCUUGGUCGUUCAUGCUACCGUCGUCAGGGGACCAGCCACAAACUUAUGGCAGAGAUACAAGUUUUUCUAUACCAUAUAUUACAUUAUUGGUGGCCACACGUAUUGCCUACAGGAUAUUGAAAACGGUGUGCUCAGAGCAAACAGGAAGGGGGUUGGGAUGAUCACCAGACCAUUUGGGAAGAGUGACCCUCGCCUGAAGAUUGCCCUCGAACAACAUGAGCCUCUCAUCCACUUUGCCUUGGUUUGUGGGGCCAAGAGUUGUCCCCCAAUAAAGACAUAUGCUGCUGAUGGAAUCUAUGAUCAAAUGAAGACUGCAGCGGAGGCUUUCUUUGAUGGAGAUGAUGGUAUGACCUUGGAUAUGAAGAACAAGCAUGUGAAGCUCUCCGCCAUCCUCAAAUGGUACAGGGAGGACUUUGGCAGCAGCGAUCAAGAGGUAUUACAGUGGAUCAACGACCACAUGAGUGACGGUGACAAAAAGAACCAACUCGCUGAACUCCUGGCUGGCAAGAAGUUCAAAAUCUCAUAUUUGAACUAUAAUUGGGAUGUCAACGCCAAGAAGAAAUAAACUGAAUGAUGUAGCAAUGAAAGAAGUAAAAUAAGGGGGGGGGGAGAUAUUGUUGAGUAGUGAGUAGUGAGUAGUGAGUAGUAUAGCAUAACAAUGUACCUCUGAGGAAUUUCAAAGAAUGGGAUGCAAUAUUUUAGAUGUUUUUGUCUAAAUAAUGUUGCAAUAGAAAUCAUCUACUCCUGCAAGUUCAACAAACAUGUGCUAUCGGAUAAAAUAUCCUGCAAAUGUUGUUAUGACCACAUUUAGUAGGCAUAUCAUUCCCGAGUCUCAUCCACCCACCAUUAUAACAUUGAGAUUAUAUACAGAUCUGUACUCUUAUCAACUGUCUUGUACACGCAAAUGAUUAUUGAAUAAACUUCAUUAUCUGAA